AUGGCAUAUGGACAUCAGCGAGUAAUCGAUUGGAGGAGGUCACUUGUUUCCAUUUCUCCACCCGUGUCGUGGGGCAAAACCGUCAAUCGGGCCGAUUAUCUAUUAGCUUCUGUCUUCAAAUUUGAUAUACCUACUAAUCGCUUCACUGGUCAUCUCGAAUCAAAUUCAACCAUGGCAGAGAAAACAUCACUCGUGACGGGUGCGAGCGGGUUUAUCGCUAGCCAUGUUGUUCAGCAGCUGCUCGAAAAGGGUGAACAAGUCCAUGCCACUGUUCGCAGUACCAGCAACAAGAAGAAAAUCAGUCACCUCCUCGAAAUUCAGGAACGAUGGCCCGGCAAGUUGACAUUGUUCGAAGCGGAUUUGCUUGUGGCGGGGUCGUUUCAAGCUCCAAUGACGGGAUGCUCGGUGGUUUAUCAUAUCGCCUCUCCGUUCUUAAUCGAGAACAAGAUUCGCAAUGGCGAGAAAGAGGUUGUGGAACCUGCUCUCAAGGGAACACAGAACGUGCUAGAUGCAGUCCAGAGAUGUGAGACAGUCAAUCUGGUUAUCUUAACGUCUUCUGUGGCAGCCAUCUUCGGAGAUAACGCCGAUGUGCUAGAGAUGAAGAACAAGACCUUAUCUGUUGAUUAUUUCAACACAACGAGCUCCAUUCGUCAUAAUUCCUACUCCUACUCAAAGACGGUGGCCGAAAAAGAAGCUUGGAAGCUAUACAAAGCACAACCGAAUCCACCACGUUGGAAGCUAGUUACUAUAAAUCCUGGACUUGUUUUGGGCCCGUCUCUAUCCCAAGCAUCUGAAUCUGGUAGCCUGUCUCUGUUGGAUCAGCUACUGAGUGGUCAACUGUCUUUGGGAGUGCCAGACCUAUGGUUCGGAAUCGUUGAUGUGCGAGAGGUGGCAACUGCUCACAUUCGAGCUGCUGAAGCCCCGGAUUCUCACGGUCGCUAUAUCUUGGCCGACAACAGAACACACAGCUUUGUGGAACUGGCUCGCAUAUUACGGUCUAUCACUCGAUCUUCCAGUAUCCCAACUAACAAGCUUCCGAAUAUAUUGGUACGCUUGUCAGGGCCAUUUCUUGGUUUCAGUCAGAAGUGGCUGAAACGGAAUCUGGGCAUUGGUUUCGACAUCGAUAAUCAUACCAGCUUGAGUGAGCUGAACAUCGUGUACCGACCGUUGGAAGAGACAUUGGCAGACCAUUACCGGUCCUGGAAAAGUGCUCAGAGCCAAUUGAACUAGCGUUGCCAGUCUCUUUAACAACAACGAUUGGCUGAACGCAGUCUGGGAAGAACGUGUCAAGAAGAGCCUUUGCUUUGUCAUCAUUUCCGCCGAUUAACUAUCUUAGAGCCAACUCGCAGUGUUGGGAUCUAGGCAUUUGUCUUUCGAGGCUUCAUACUUCUUGGUCGUUGGCUCGAACAUGUUCCAAGCGGGGUUUAGAUCUUCAAGACCUGUUUUCACGUGAGGAGUGGGUGAUGUGACAUUGGGGCGGGGUGGAAUGAAUUGUUAAUUCCCCUACCAUUCAUACAUAUAUGUUCCGCCAAUUUAUAUAGGGACGGAGGUUGACCGAAUUUCUAAAUAACCCAGCGAAGGAAUACACAACCCGAACAAGCGAAAAAGUGAUGACCUCAAAGGUCGAGAAAAAGCACGCGUGUUCUCCACGUUAUUGUUUCUUCGACUUCCCGUCUGAAAUCCGUCGUGCGGUGUAUUAUUUCUUGCUUCCGCGGAGGACAUAUAUAAGAAAUACUAGACCGCUAUCCGCUAGCCAUCAUGCGCCUCUCGGAGUUGAUCACAAUGAUUCGAGCCGCUUCAGGACUCAUCUUAACGUCCUGUGCUUAUCAAGGCAGAUCAGCGAGGAAUCUUUAGAUAUUCUGUAUGGGGAGAACAUUUUUGUGGUCAACUUCAAUGGGAAUGGAGAAACAGCUCUUCAAGAAGAUAUUACCCAAAGAGACCGUCGCAGGAUUCGAUACGUCUUGGUCUUCAUGACCGACGGGAGUGUCUUUUGUCAACUCAAUGCUUCCGCUUGGGCUUCGUUUCUUCCCACCCUGAAAGUCCUUCAGGUUAUUAUCGAACAGCCAAUCGAAGGACGAGGAUAUUGGAUGAUUAGAAAAGAAUAUCAAGAUGCUCCGACACUUGAGCAGGAGCUGGACGAUUGGAACAAAGCCGCUCGGUGCUUCUUUGAAUGCUUUCAUCGAUACCUUGGGGCUGCGACAAGGCUAGAGAUUGAUGGCGGUAGCAGAAAAAUCACACAAUCUCUAAUUAGUUUCCUCUCGCCGCCAGAAUGCGAAAUCAUCUAUCACCCAGAGGGGGAUUUUAUUUUCGGGCGAGGUCGGUAAUCGAAUGAGCCAUAAUUUCGACUUGAUUGCAAUACUUUGGAAUUGAUAGGAUAAUCAUUUUUGUAGUCAAAAUUGUAGAUAUUCUCGAUGAGAGGGAACUACGCUGUAUGACUGUCCUCCGCACUUCCUAGGGCCUGGAAUAGUCGAGAAGCACCCGUUAGACCAGGCGGCAUUGAUGAGUUGGCUAGGCGUUUUCUCGAAAGGCACUUAAGCGUGAGGUCGCCAAAAAUAAAGUACGUUUUGG